AGCCUUUCUUUCGCAUAGUUGGCAACACCAUAUAUGUGUUGAUGGGGAAAAAAUGAAGUGUGUUAUGAUCAGCACUCAAAGCAGAAAAUUUUAGUGAUUAAAAAAUUAUUCAAUUAAAUAUUGGAUGAAAAAAUCGCGCAAAUAUAUAAAUGACAAAUAAUUCUUGCAGAUGAAAGAUCCCAGCAAAUAUAUAAUAAUAUACGAAAAGGACGGAGAAAGCAGAAAGUUGAACUCAAGGCGAAGACAGUGGAUAGCUCCCCUCUGCUUCUGAUAAGAUUUAUGCAUGAUUGCUAAACGCUUGAGAAAAUCACCGAAAUUUGUCAAAAAUCAACGGAUAGUGCAAUCUAAACUCGUACAUAGGCUAAAAUUAAGACGCUGCUUUACGGUGUAGUAAUAAACGUUAAAGUAUUGUCAGCAACACGAAUGACACAGAAAAUUUUAAAUUAAGUAAAGAUGUAAACUAGAAGUAGCGCUCUGCAUGCGUACGUGGAGCUCACAAUUGUAAAAGAAAGAAAUAAUAAGUGAUUAAUUAAUAUAAAUAUUUAUAACUGACAUCCAAACAACUGUGAGUGCAUUUCUAGUCCUGCUAUUGAAUUAAAAAUACAACGAAAGACCGGACGCUGCGUCCCAACGUCAUUGCACCAAAGUGCGGACCAAUGAUUGUGCCUAGCACAUAUGCAAUGGAAAUACAAAUACAACAUCAGCACACAACUGAUGAUAGCAUUAACAACAAUAACAAUAAUAAUAACAACAAAAAAAUUAACAUAGAACAAACCCUAGGUGCAGCAACAACUCAUUCUGUGACAGCCAAUAAUAGCAUUUUAAUGCCACCUUUAGACACUAAACUGUUGGCCAACAAACAGGGACUACACACAAAUAACGAGGCUAAUAAUAUCAAUAUGGAUGUAGAGACCGCUGACGGUGAAGUGUCCGUACUGCUUGCUAAUAAGAAUUUUCACUAUGACGCACUCUCCAACCCAGGGCAGUCAUAUGAAGCUGAUUUCAAUGUGGACGGCAAUGGCGGCGCCAAAUUUGUAGCCGGCGAUGAAGCAAAACAACUGCUGAGUGAACAAUCACAUCCACAAGUUACAUGGCUAGAUAGUGAACAAAUUGACGCACUUGACUUAACCACAUUGGACAUAGGCAAUAUGUUCUUUAAUCGAGUCGAUAGUGCAGAAAUAAUUUAUCAAAAGAAAAAGAAGGAAAUCAAAAUGGUUGGAAAAUAUGUAAUGGGAGAUGUGCUGGGCGAAGGCUCAUAUGGCAAAGUGAAAGAGGUGCUCGAUUCGGAAAAUCUGUGCCGGCGUGCAGUGAAGAUACUAACAAAGCGAAAACUGCGACGUAUUCCGAAUGGAGAACAGAAUGUACAGCGUGAAAUACAACUAUUAAGGAAUUUACAGCACAAAAAUGUGGUGGCGCUUUUGGAUGUUUUGUAUAAUGAGGAAAAGCAAAAGAUGUACAUGAUUAUGGAAUACUGCGUAGGCGGACUGCAGGAACUUGUGGAUAGCGCACCCGAAAAGAAACUACCUCUAUUCCAGGCACAUCGCUACUUUAGCCAGUUAAUUAGUGGCCUGGAGUAUCUACAUGGUUGUAGGAUAAUACAUAAAGAUAUUAAACCCGGAAAUCUAUUGCUUUCACUAGAUCAAAUAUUAAAAAUUUCCGAUUUCGGCGUCGCUGAACAGUUAGAUUUAUUUGCUGUAGACGAUACAUGCACCACCGGACAGGGUUCACCUGCAUUUCAACCGCCUGAAAUUGCCAACGGUCAUGAGUCAUUCUCAGGCACCAAAGUGGAUAUUUGGAGCUGCGGUGUUACGCUCUAUAACAUAUGUACAGGUCAGUAUCCAUUCGAAGGUGAUAAUAUUUAUAGGCUUUUUGAGAAUAUCGGACGUGGGCAGUGGCAGGCACCAGAUUGGCUAUACAAAUUAGAUACACAAUUAGCAGGUCUCAUAUUAGGUCUGCUACAAGCUGAACCAGCAAAGCGAUACUCUAUACAACAAAUACGCUGUGAUCCUUGGUUCAUAUCGGCACCGGAAGAGAAGGGGCCACCAAUACCCAUACCGCCAUUAAAACACGAUGUUUAUCGCCGUUCCACGGUACUGCCUUAUUUAGAUGCUUACCACUAUGAAACUGAGCGUGAUUUGGAAGAGGUCUAUUUUACCGAACACGAUCUCAAUCGUGAACUUGCACGUCAGGCAGCCGCUGCUGCUGCAGAAAUCAAAGCACAACAGCAACAAAAACAAUUGGCAGCUGCAAAUGCAACAGGGCCUUCAACAAGCACCGGCGCGUCUACUUCGAACAGCAUUAACAAGGAAAAAAAAUCCUCUUCACUCAAAAGACGCGCCAAAAAACUAACAUCAUGUAUAUCUGUAAAGAAGCUCUCCAAUUGUCGACCAUCGUAAUAAGCCGUUAUGUAUUUGAGCGUACAUGCGCAAUGCAAGUAGUCAUUGGAAAUGAAAAAAAAAGUUUUAAUAUUAUGUAAACAAAAUUAAGAAUUUUCAACUCUAAACAUUUCAUUAGUUGUUGAAUGUGAAGUCAGUUAGCCCUACAUGCAUAUAUGGUGCAGCUUGUAGUGCUGCGGAGAGUAAUUAGAAACUUCUCGCGCUGCCAAAUGCAAGUCACACGCCAACUUAAAACUUAAUUAUUGGAACAUACAAACUACUACUUAUCGUCAAUGGAGUAAUUCUUUAUAAAUUUGUUUUCCUUUGCGUUAUUUUUGCUAGUAUUUAUUAAAAUGAAAAUUAGUUUUCGGUAAAACUGUAUUAUUCGCGUCCGCUUUUUUGUUGCGUAAUUUUUAGGUAGUACAUACGUUUUAUUUAUUAACUUAUGUGUAAAAUAUACUCCUGUUUUUUUUGUGAUUUUGGUUUUAUAUUUUAAUUUUUGCUUUUUUGUUUAUGCUUUUUGCUUUCUUUUUUUGUUUUUGGUUUCUCCUUUUUUUGUUUUUGUUUUCUUCUUUUUUUUGUUUUUUUAAUUUUUUGUUUUCUUAAUUUUUGUUGUUAUUUUCUUAAUUUUGUUGUUGUUGUGUUUUAUUCUUUUUUGUUGUUGUGUUUUCUUCUUUUGUUGUUGUGUUUUCUUUUUUUGUUGUUGUUUUUGUUUUUGUUUUGGUUUUUUUUGUUUUUUUGUUUUUUUUUAUUGUUUCCUUUAUUUUUUUUCUUUUACGCCUCUAUUCAAUCACAUAUUUUGCCGUGAAAGGGAGAUGUGCAAAAUUAAUGAAUAAAAAAUUCUUUUUUUUUUGGUAUAAAUAUAACGAUUGCGUGUAAUUUCUGCUUAAAUAAUCUGAGUACUGAAACUCACACUUGCCAUAUGUGUGGAGGCUUUUAAUGCGUCAACAAACAAAAUGGCACUUAUCUUAUGAGCCAUAUUGAGUUUGUUUUUCAAAAUGUAAUGUAUUAUUUUUUGUGCGCCGAUAACAUACGCAAUCACAUACAUAUAUACAUACUUAGUAGAAUAUAUUUUGGAAACUUGAAGACUUCAGGAGCCAAAACCCAUUUUUGAGACCAUAAAAGUAAUAUAUCCAUAAAACAUAUAAACAUACAUAGAAUGCAUAUAAGCAAAUGAAAGAAUGCAUACAUUUCCUACCGACAAUACAAAAACAUUGUGUUUUCGUUUCUUAGCUGAAAAAUGAAAUCUUAUUUGUUAUGAAUUACAUAUGUGAUUGGUUUAAUAGAACCAAUACACGUAUACAGAAAAACAAAAUAUAUUUUCCAUAUUUUUAACACUUGAAAAAAUAUAAACCGUUUGUUGUAAAUGAAAA